AUGCACAAGCCUUCAAUAUCGGUAUUAGGCGACUCCGCAAUAGCCCAUUCGAAAUGUUACUCCAAUCAUGACUCGAAUCCGAUUCCUUCGCCGCCCCGUCGUUCCCUGCGCAGGGCUAUCUCCAUACCAGUAGUCUCGUCAAUAGUGAAGGACUCAUGGAAUUGGGCUGGCGACACACUUGGUGCCUACCGCAGUGGACCCUCGGCCGAAGAACGGCAACACCUGGCAGAUAUUGAGGAUCGGAAACAGGUGUUGUACUUGAAAAUAAAAAAUGCAGUGUCGUACGAGGAAUGGUGUAGCUGCGCCAACGAGCUCGAUGUACUAGAAGAAAACAACAUCUGGAAACAUACUUUCGAAUGCCCCGAAUACAAUCCUGAGCUGGUACAGGAACGACUACGAGAACUAGAGGAGGCGCGCAUCAGCUGUGACGUGGGCCGCAUGCUAUUUUUGGUUCGGACCGCGCUCAGUCGGGAUCUGGGGAUGAUGAGCAAUGCAUCGCUUUAUCGCCACUCACAUAUUGGGACCAAGGAUCUGAUUGAUCGAUAUAUCACCACGGCGCUUGAGACGAUCACGAACUUGGUGGAUCUGUCGGUGUAUAAUCGCUGCGAUGGAUUGGAAUUGAAGUACAUCCUGGAUCAGCUGCUGGCAGCCCGGCAAGCAUUCGGUCGCAGCGCGUUACUUUUCUCUGGAGGUGCUACCUUUGGAAUGAACCAUAUAGGUGUGCUCAAGGCCUUGUACGAGUCUAACCUCAUCCCUCGCAUUAUUUCAGGCGCAUCUGCAGGCAGUAUUGUGUGUGCUGUAUUCUGCACUCGCAAGGAUGAUGAACUACCAGGGCUUCUUGACACCUAUGCUCAUGGUAAAUUCGAUGUAUUCAACGAAGCGGGACGAGAAGAGAACAUUUUCCAGAAGACGGCCCGAUUUCUGAAGUUUGGGUCUUUUCUCGAUAUCUCCCACUUGGCAAAUACUAUGCGAGCUUGGCUAGGGGAUAUCACCUUCCAAGAGGCAUACAACCGGACACGCAGAAUCUUGAACAUCUGCGUGUCGAGUGCCGGCAUGUAUGAGCUUCCACGACUGCUGAACUACAUUUCAGCUCCGAAUGUGAUGAUCUGGUCUGCUGUUGCGGUAUCCUGUUCAGUGCCACUGGUCUUUCGACCAUACACCUUGAUGGCCAAGGAUCCAAUCUCAGGCCUACCAGUUCCGUGGAACGAUUUGCACCGAGAGUACAUCGAUGGCUCGGUUGAUGGGGAUCUUCCCAUGACACGACUAUCGGAAAUGUUCAAUGUGAACCACUUCAUCGUGUCACAAGUAAAUCCUCACGUCGUACCAUUUCUAGCCAAGGAGAACGGACCUACCAAGGAACUUCAACAGGGAUUAUCGUUUGUUCCUCGGUGGGUCAACACAAUGACGCAUCUGGCAAAGGACGAAGUGUUGCACCGAAUGAAUGUUCUUUUAGAGCUUGGAGUGUUUCCAACUUCUCUGACCAAAGUCGCGGCAAUUGUGAACCAAAAGUACAGCGGUGACAUCAACAUCUACCCUGAAUUGAUUUCCUCCAAUUUCCCGCGGAUAUUGGAGAACCCGACAACAGAGUUCAUGCUAGAGGCCUGUUUGAGUGGCGAGCGAGCAACAUGGCCCCGGCUAAGCCGUCUUCGGAACCACUGUGCUAUUGAACUUGCCCUUGACCAAGCCAUUCAGCAGAUGCGGGCUCGCGUGGCCUUCAGCCCGGGCCAAGUCGACAUGCGUUUGAAAAGCUCUUUCCAACACCCACCAGGCUCCAUAGACAGCAACGCAAAUAGAGGGCGCUUACAAAAUCGGAGGAGAGGCUCCCACAGCCCCGAGUUGGAGAGAACGCGAUCAAGGGGUUCAUCGAGAGGUCAAAACACCCGACAGCUUCGCAAAGCAAGGAGUACUGUGUCGCUUGAAACCCCACAGAUUGGGCUAUCCAACAAUUUAAUCUCCGUGCCGCCUCGUCCAAAGCCCCACCACCACCGCCGAUCAUCAAUAUCCUUUGGUGGUGCUGUAUUUGCGAUUGGAUCCGGUAGCGACGCGGAAGAAGAGGAGUCUGGUCUUCCCAUCUCUGGCCACCCUCGGCAACGCCGAGCCCGAGACUCUUUCGAUGCAUCAUCCCACGAAGAAUAUUCAGCUCAAGGAACACCUUCUCCUGUUCGCUCUCGGCGAUCAUCUUUCUCUAGCAGGCCACAACGCUCCGCCUCCGGCCGACAAGUCUCCCCCAAGCAGGUCUUGGGGCCGUCAGCCAGAGAAAUCUCAAUGGCAUUGUCUCCUUCAUCCCGUCACCUACUCAGCAUGACGCCAAGCGUCCACCCGACCUGUCCUGAUCCCAUCUCACGUAAACCGCACCACUGA